AUGAUCUCAGUCGCCGAUAUCAUGCGGCGCCUGCCAUUCGCCGCUUCAACGACAACUCGGCAGGCUGUCACCUACCUUCUCGGAAUAUCGCUCUUCUCUAUUUCCUUCCUGGUGUUCCUUAAUAGCAGCUUGUCCUUCGUCAUUACCGACUUGAUUGGUGUUAAGGAAGGCGUUGGCGACAUCGUCGGAACCCUCGGCUUCGCAGAUGAGAUCGUUGCUUUGAUUGCAUGCCCCGUCUGGGGCUUGAUAUCUGACCGGCUGGGCGUUCGCCAGGUUGCUGUGGUGGGGUACUCGAUCAUCGGAGCUUCUUUGCUACUGUUUGUCCAGGCUCAGAAUGUCUAUCCGCAGCUCCUCCUGGCGAGGGUCCUGUUUGCCUUGGGAGCUACAUCCGCGACCACUAUGGUGACUGCAAUCCUGCCUCCCUUAACCGACGAUACCGACCAUUCCGAGAAUGACAGCGACCCCUCAACGAAACCUUCGCACAAUUCGCGUGACAGUGUAGCACUUUCCCUAGAGUCACAGGUCACCAUCACACCGGAGCGAUUCGCUGCACAGCAAGAAAGCGGUGUGGAUAAUCCCGCAAACGGAGCAGCUGCUCACCUAUCGGAUGCAGACAAGGGUGAUGCGGCCAAACCCUCGGCCCUCGCAGGACUUGUCGGCCUCUUUACAGGCUGCGGCGCCCUUGUAGCACUAUCAAUAUUCCUGCCGCUCCCGGUGCGAUUUGGGCACAUUGAGGGUACCACGCCCGCCCAGGCAGUGACAUACUCUUUUUAUGUUGUCGGCGCCGUUGCUUUUUGUGUGGCUGGCUUCGUGGCUUGGGGUUUACGCGGAAUAAAAGGCGAGGAGGGCAAGGGUUGGCGGAUGCUCCUUGGCAGUUCACCUUGUGAUGGCGAAAAUGGAGGGGACCGCGUUCUGUCUCAGGCAGCCGCUUUGCGCCGCCGAAGACCAGGACAGUCACGCCGAGCCGGGCAGCCUUCUGUACAAGAUAGAUACCUCCCCUACGGUCAACUUCUCAAAGAUUCGGUUCGCCUUGGCUUUGUAGAUCCUCAGAUUGGUCUCGGCUACCUCGGCGGGUUUGUGGCUCGGGCAUCGACAGUUGCCAUUUCACUAUUCAUCCCGCUUUUCAUCAACACAUACUUCAUCCGUAAUGGUUUCUGCCAGGGCUCACCUCACGACCCGUCCCCUGAGCUGAAGAAAGAGUGCCGAGCCGCCUAUGUCUUGGCGUCUAUCCUUACCGGUGUUGCGCAGCUGUUCGGGCUUGUUUGUGCCCCUAUCUUCGGGUACCUAGCCAGUCGUGCGACAGCAAAGGUCAGGUUCAAUCUGCCCAUCGUUGUCGCUACAAGUUUUGGCAUCAUUGGGUAUAUGCUGUUUGCGAGGCUCCAAAGCCCCGAGUUCAAGAAUGUGGACGGGCGUGGCGGGGGGCCCUGGGUGUUCCUGGUCGCGGCAAUGCUGGGGAUCAGUCAGAUUGGUUGCAUCGUCUGCAGUCUUGGCUCACUUGGCCGCGGCGUCUUGACUGUGGAUUUGCCCGCCAGUGCCCACGUUCAGGAGGAGCAAACUCACGCCUCAGGGGACGAAAGAGCGCCGUUGCUUGCAGGCGACGAGGCCGAGCAGGGGGAUGUGACGACACGACAGUCGCCAGCAGUGUCCCGUGUUCGCCUCAAGGGUUCUAUCGCCGGCGUGUACAGCUGGUGCGGCGGCGCUGCUAUAUUGCUCCUUACCAAACUAGGAGGCUUUCUCUUCGAUAAGUGGUCAACGGGGGCUCCUUUCUAUAUGAUGGCUCUUUUCAACGCUGUAUUACUUGUGGCGGCACUUGGAGUUGACGCGGCCAGAUUUUACAGUUCCUGCAAAUGA